GUCUACCUGGAGAGGCUCCUGACCUACGCAGAGAUUGACAUCUGUCCUGGUAACUGGAAGAGGAUUGUCCUGGGUGCUAUCUUGCUGGCCUCAAAAGUCUGGGAUGACCAGGCCGUCUGGAACGUUGACUACUGCCAGAUCCUGAAGGAUAUCACCGUGGAGGACAUGAAUGAGCUGGAGCGGCAGUUUCUGGAGCUGCUGCAGUUCAACAUCAACGUGCCGUCCAGCGUCUACGCCAAGUAUUACUUUGACCUGCGGUCA